AUGAAAAACACCACCUGCUACCUGCCCAAUGGCCUCACCUUCCAGGUAUCGCCCGUCUUUGGUGGGGUGACCUUCAAAUCCGCCGAUUUCAACAUACAGCAGAACAGCACAUUCCCUCCAGGAUGGACGAUAAUGAUCAACACUGCAAAGCCUCGCAAGGCAGACGAAUCAACAGAUCAAGACCAGCCAGACUCGGAGUAUGCCCGCGACAGUGGCGAUAAUAUCACCCGCUUCACCACCCCCACCUUGACCCGCGACUCCCUCUAUAUCUCGUACAUCGUCAACCCACCCUCGAGCGACUUCAAACCCGUGGCUUCGCCCACGCGCCAAAUCGCCAUGAUGCUCUGGGCAACUCUGUGGUGGUACUUCCACGAGCCAGAGCCAGAUCUGCACGUCGAGACCGCCGCCUCAAGCAUGACACCCCGCGACGGACGACCAAAAGGCGAAUGGCGCAUUAACAUCAAGCGCGAGGGCAUCUUCAAGGGCCGGAACCUGCUGCAGAAGCUCGAGCGCAUGGGUCUAAUGGCGACCGAGGACUCCUCAGUCGGCCUCCAGCCCGUGGAGACCCGCGAUUCGAGCAGCUGGUCCACAAUGUUCGUCAGCCGACGCAGCUUCUGGCAGCUCGACCCGCGAUUGUUCCUGUUUACUCUCACGCCGCGCGGUCGUCCAAUGACACCCCCGUCCGGACCCUUCACGUCGGGCAGCCACCUCCCUACGUACUAUCCGCCGCCUCCGACGCAGUACACAUUUACCAAUGGGGUGCGACACCCUGUGCGCCCGAAGCCGCCGCACCAGGGCGAGGUUUUCUACGUGCGAUACGUCCCCAGUCUGAAGCAGUAUCUCUCAUUCCGGGUACCGUUUGCGCCGAUGAUGCCGCAAUCCGGAGGGGAGAACCGGCCGAGGACGCCAGUCACCUCGUCAGUGACGAGCAUCGAGCAGCAUCUCACGGACAACAUCAGUUCGGACGUGGACACGCUGCACCGGUGGAUGAAUGUGCCACGGGUGGAAGCGAUGUGGUCCGAAGGAGGCCCGAAGUCCGUACAGGAGAAGUUCCUGUUAGCGAACCUGACCAGCCGCCACAGCUUCCCUGUGAUCGGAUGCUGGGACGGCAAGCCGUUCGGAUAUUUUGAAAUCUACUGGGUGAAGGAAGAUUCUUUGGGACGACUGGUAGACCACGUGGGCAACUAUGACCGUGGUAUCCACCUGCUCGUCGGUGAACAGGAGUUCCGCGGUGCGCACCGCGUCGCAGUCUGGUUGAGUGCGUUGGUGCACCACUGCUUCCUAGCGGAUAUGCGGACUGAAUCUGUGGUUCUGGAGCCGCGGAUCGAUAAUAUCAAACUGAUUAACUACCUCCAAGAAGCAGGCUUCUAUAAAGAAGGCGAGGUCAGCUUCCCGCACAAGCACUCUGCUAUCAUGAGAAUCAAGCGCGAGUACUGGGAAAGCCCGGUUCUAUAG